GGAUGCCCCAGGCCAACAUCACUGGCAACCAUCCUCCAACUGCAUCGCGCCGUACACAACCAUCCGCCCCCCAAAGAACACCAACUUCCACCUCCUCGCGUGCUGCUCCUGUGGCCUGCUGGCUCUCCUUUUAGCUAGCAUCUGCCAUACGCCCUGUCUUUCCCAGUCAUGAGUGGCAUUUCCUAUGAUUUGCCAUUUGUUUUGCGUUGUUAUUCAUUGAACUGAGUCUGGACACCAGAUAAGCGGCACCCGGUUCAACAACAGUCGUUCUUCGCCCCCCUUCCCCAACUCUAAGCAUUGUCAUUACUGCUCUGCACUUACCUUCGGAAAUGGCGCCCUAUUCUGCCUCGAAGUUUCGCGGUUCCCCUGGAAAGCCUCAGAAAAAUGGCCCCAAGGCCUCCGUCCAGGCCCCAGCAACGUCGGACCCUACAACCACCGAAGGCCCGCCCCUCAAGAAACGAAAGUAUGUUCCCGGGGGUCCUGGCGGUGGAGGUAGAUAUAUUGAGCUCGAGGUGAGGGAGACGCCCAAGCCCAAGCCGAAACCGAAACCGAAAUCGAGCCCCAUAAAGAGACGGAGCUCAUCUAGCUCUCGAACCCGUCAAACCAAGGAGGCCGAACCACCUCUGCAACCCGUUCAACUCCCGCCGCAGCCGCCGCCGCCGCCGCCGCCGCCACCACCACCACCACCCCUUGCCCCAACGACACCGCCGUCGGCGCGUCUAAGGAGAGAGAAGAGCCAGAACCGUGGACGGUUCGGAUCAUCCACCGCGGCCGCGCUUGCGUUGCAACAGGGGGAUGGGUACAAGCCACGAGAAGAGCGUGGUUGGGAGGAGUUCCAUCCGGAACUUGAUAUUGAUGCCAAGUUUGCGAUUUUCCCUUCCACAGAAGUGGAUCGUCCUCCACCUUCGGCGCAGCUGGCCAAUAUAUUAUCCCCGAAUGGCCUUGAAAAGAGCGGUGAAAAGGACCCCAUCGCGGAGCUGAUUCGGGCCCAUACUAACGGCACCUCCCCAACCCCGAUCAAGCGGCGGCCUGGACGUCCGCCGCGCCGUCCGGAGGCUAUUUUGCAAGCGCUCGGUGUGACGCCCCAACCCAAAGUCGUUCCGCCACCGGGCCCCAAUCCCCGCGAGAAGUUGACCCUUCCCAAACCCUCAUUUCGAUUACGGGACCCCUUUACUUUCUAUGACCAGCCAGGUGUUGGUCAGCAAAAUUAUGUGGACCGAACGAUGGCGAGCGUGGGAUAUCAAGAGAGCGAUCUCUUCCUCCGUCACGAUCGCCGUUUGAUUCGGAUGUCUGAGGGCGCACAGGAUGACGAUCUCGAUAUUGCGCAUCCAGUGGCAAGUGAGGGAGAGGUGAAUGCCGCCGUGGGUCGGGUGGAAUACGAUAUGGAUGAGCAAGAUGAGAAAUGGCUCGAGGAAUACAACGCGAAACGACGAGAGGACCAAUUUGAACCGAUCAAGCCUGCGGUCUUUGAAAUCACCAUGACCAAGAUCGAGAAGGAAUGGUAUAGUCUCGAGAAACGCAUCCCCAAACCGAAUCCCAAGCCACCGCAAACGCAUCGCCCGCGUUCCAGCUCCGCUGCUGCUGUUAACGGCGAAACCACAGGGCCGGGGGAGGAACAAGACAGCAAAUGCGCUAUCUGCGACGAUGGCGAUUGUGAAAACUCCAACGCAAUUGUGUUCUGUGACGGCUGUGACCUGGCGGUUCACCAAGAGUGCUACGGCGUUCCAUUUAUUCCAGAGGGCCAGUGGCUAUGUCGCAAAUGCCAGCUUAUCGGAAGGGGCUCGGUCAAUUGUAUCUUCUGCCCGAAUACUGAAGGUGCUUUUAAACAAACGACUACCUCCAAAUGGUCCCAUCUUCUCUGCGCAAUGUGGAUUCCUGAAGUUUCGAUUGGCAACCCGUCUCUAAUGGAGCCUAUCACCGACAUCGAGAAGGUCCCCCGGAGCCGCUGGAAGCUUCAGUGCUAUAUUUGCCGUCAGCGAAUGGGCGCAUCCAUUCAGUGCAGUAACAAGAACUGCUUUGUGGCUUUCCAUGUGACGUGUGCGCGACGAGCCCAGCUCUACCUUAAAAUGAAAUCCGGCCACGGGACCCUCGCGGUGAUGGACUCGCAUCUGCUCAAAGCCUUCUGCGACAAACACGUUCCGCCGGAGUGGCGUCGGGAGCAUGGGACCGAUGCGGCGACUGCGGAUGCUAUUGAAUACUAUCGCAAUACCAUGCAGGGUCGUCGGUGGGGCGACAGCCAAGCGGCUGCGCUAUCCUUAGAACCCGCCCAUCAUCCGCUUAGCGGCGAUCCCAUAGAUGACGAUGGACAACGGACCCAUACUCCCCGCAUUACCCUGACCGUUGGAGGUAGCAAACGAAAGCGGCCUACGGUCCCCCGUACCAUCUGGAAGUUACCAUCGGGCGCGCCUGUUAUACCUCAAGUUGUUCUGAACUCGGUUGUGGCCUCGCUCCAGCGCUUUGGUGUGCGUCAAAGAAAGCAAUACGCGGAAGACGCCUGUAAGUACUGGACCUUGAAGCGAGAGGCACGAAGAGGUGCCGCCCUUCUCAAACGGCUACAAUUACAGCUAGAGACAUUCUCCUCCAUGGAGAUGACCCGGAGAGAUUACGUUGCUAUGGGGGUGACCGGAAAUAAGCGACUCCAGCGACGCAUCGAGUUUGGAGAACGGCUGUACUACGACCUAGAUCGCCUACGGAUGCUGUGCGAUGAGGUGAAGAAACGUGAGAGGGAGAAGCUCAAGGAUGCUGAGACUCUUCGGAGCGUGGUCGAUAUCGUCUACUUCCCGAUUUUCCCCCUGCUCUGGCCCAUCUUUGAAAAGGCUCAAGUGUUGGAUAGCAAAGGUAUCUUCAGACAUGGGCUGUCGGCUAUACGCACAAAAUUGGAGCAGCGCUAUUAUCCCUCCGUCUCCUCCUUCUCGGCUCAUCUAGCCAGUGUUUUUACGUCGGAAAUCGGAGUGCAACCAGCCGGGGAUACCGCCGAGCUUCAGAUGCAAAUCAGUGGCCGUGCUCCAGAACUAAGUCUCGAGCAGCGUGAAAAACGGAAAAUGGCGAAGCGAAUCAUCAAAUCGAUCCAGCCCGCUCUCGAGGAUGCCAUCCGAAAAGAGAGCGAGUUGAAUCGCAAGCCUUUUGAACAGGAGUUGAAAGACUUGGAUGUCAUGCUUGAGAAUAGCGUCUUGUCCGGAAGAGGCUCCGAAAUUGAUGCCGCAGAGCGCGUGGGAGAGGAGACUUUGGUGAGUCCCGAAAAUGCUGACCUUGCGAACGGCCACGCCCAACAUAUUGAGGAUGAGAAGAACGAGGUGACUGCGAAAUUGGAGACGCAUGAUGAGCCCAUGACAGAACCCACAACCGUAGCAGGUAUAUCUGAAGCCGGUGGUCAGGCAGAAGCUCCUGAGAGACCGGCUGAUUUUCAGGUGGUGGAUACGGUCAUGACGGAUGCCACCCCCUUAACGGAUGCAUCGAGCACCAACCAUAAUCAUGGCGAGACCUCUAUUACCGCACCCCCCCUUCUUCAUACUCAGUCAACCGCCACGGAAGCAAGCACCCAAUCGGCUGAAGCCAAUCUACGCAUCGUUCGCCCGUCAGCCGAAACCCAGAAGGGCCCAUUGACACCCCCUCCAAGUUUCCAAGGGGACCAACAACACCUUCUAUCCCAAGGAGGCAUCCUAUGGUAUAUGCAACCCUUUGAUCCUAUCGGAACCACUAUCCAUGAAGAGCGCUGGACGGGCCGAGAGGUCAUGCGGGGCAUGAGUGAGGAAUUAAGUGAGCUGGACGAGGACGAAUUGAAGGAUUUGGUUGGAGAUGACGAGCUCGCAGGGUCUCUCGGAACCGCUGGGGGGGGAACCUCCUCUACCCACGGCACCCGCGAUGGCCCCGGCGGAGAACAAGGGGUGAAAGUCCAUCGCACGCGGCGACGGUGGAGGGGAUUUAAAUAAAUGGGUCGCUUUUUUUUUUUCAUAUUUUUAUUAAUUCUGUGAUUUUGUGUGUGGUGUUUUGAGAUGCGGAGGAUCUACCUAUAUCUCUGGAAGGACCGGCGUUUGCUCACAAUUCCAUCCCCUAAUUAGAGCAAUAUUUCUUUCUUCUUCUUCUUCUUCUUCUUUUUUAAAUGUUAAUUUACCGAGAGAUACAACCCACGCGAUAAUGAAUCCAUCCCAUGAAUCGGAUUUGUCGGCCAUAGUGAGGCUUGGCAGCCUUACUUUUGAGGU